CGUAUCGUUCGAAAAUACGGGAUAUAGACGAGUUGAACCAACCAAAUAUAUACGAUAUAAAAAGAAUUAAGUCGUGGCUCAGUCAGAUUUGGAAGGCGCUUUCCUUUUCUCUUUUUAUUUGCCAGAAUACGGGAGAGAGUGGAGAGAAAAGUCCUCCUGCUGCGACGGAGAAAGGUAUUUUCUCAGACAACAAUGGCGCAGAGAGAUAUAGACGAGCUCCCAAAGCAUGAGGCGAACUACACAGCUCUCACCCCGCUCUGGUUCCUGGAAAGAGCCGCCACCAUCCAUCCCACCAGGCCCGCCGUCGUUCAUGGAUCCCUCACCUACACCUGGCAGGACACUUACCGGCGAUGUCGCAAGCUGGCCUCCGCUCUCUCCGGCCACUCCAUCGGCCCUGGUUCCACGGUUGCGAUAAUAGCACCGAACAUUCCAGCAAUGUACGAAGCCCAUUUCGCAGUCCCAAUGACAGGAGCUGUGGUGAACUGUGUCAACAUCCGUCUCAAUGCAUCCACCAUCGCUUUCCUAUUAAGCCACUCUCAAUCAGCCAUAGUGAUGGUCGACCAGGAGUUCUUCACUCUAGCCCAGGACUCCUUGAAAAUUCUGUCCCAGACCAACCCCAACUUCACACCUCCCCUGCUGAUCGUCAUAGCUGACGAUGGCUGUGACCCGAGCUCUCUAGACCGAGCUCUGGCAGCAGGAGCGAUCGAGUACGAGUCCUUCUUGGUAGCUGGUGAUCCUGAGUAUGCUUGGAAGCCGCCAGCUGAUGAGUGGCAGAGCAUUGCCUUAGGUUAUACCUCUGGCACAACGGCGAACCCCAAGGGAGUCGUGUUGAGCCAUAGAGGGGCUUAUCUCAUGUCGUUGAGCGGCCCUAUGAAUUGGGGUAUGAAUGAAGGAUCGGUCUACCUUUGGACUUUGCCUAUGUUUCAUUGCAACGGCUGGUGCUUCACUUGGGGGGUUGCUGCUCUUUGUGGCACCAACAUCUGCCUUCGACAGGUGACAGCCAAGGCAGUAUACUUAGCCAUAGCAAACAAAGGCGUCACACACUUUUGCGCUGCACCAGUAGUUCUAAACACCAUAGUCAAUGCCCCAAAGCAUGACACUGUCCUCCCCUUGCCUCGAACGGUACAGGUCAUGACAGCAGGCGCGGCCCCUCCUCCCUCGAUCCUCUUCGCCAUGACCGAGAAGGGCUUCAAAGUCACACACACAUACGGCCUCUCAGAGACCUACGGUCCAUCCACGAUCUGUGCCUGGAAGCCCGAAUGGGACAACCUCCCUCCCAUCACCCAAGCUCGUCUCAACGCUCGCCAGGGUGUCCGCUACAUCGGCCUGGAAGGCCUCGACGUCGUGGACCCCAAGACCAUGAACGCCGUCCCACCCGACGGAGCCACGUUGGGGGAGAUAGUGAUGAGAGGGAAUGGAGUGAUGAAAGGUUACCUGAAGAACAAGAAGGCCAACGAGGAGGCGUUCGCGGGAGGGUGGUUUCACUCGGGUGACUUGGGGGUCAAGCAUCCCGAUGGGUACAUCGAGAUCAAGGACAGGGCUAAAGACAUUAUCAUCUCCGGCGGGGAGAACAUCAGUAGCUUGGAAGUGGAGAGCGUGAUGUAUACCCAUCCGAAGGUCUACGAGGUCUCGGUCGUGGCCAGGCCCGACGAUCGGUGGGGGGAAUCGCCCUGCGCGUUCGUUACGUUGAAGGAUGGUGUGGGAACAGGAGGUAUGGAGGAAGAGAUUGUGAGGUUCUGCAGGGAGAAGAUGCCUGCUUAUUGGGUUCCCAAGUCUGUUAUCUUUGGACCUUUGCCGAAGACUGCUACAGGGAAGAUACAGAAGCAUGUUCUUAGAGCUAAAGCUAAAGAAAUGGGAUCCGUGAAGGCGAGCAAGUUGUGACAGGAUUGGGGAAGAGGUAUGUGUAUUUGUGUAAUGUAUGUACAGGAGCUGCUUUAGCAGGAUUUUCAUGAAGACUUGCUGCCAUUGAUUCAGCUGUGAUAGAGAAAUAAGGCUACCCUUUUCGUGUCUAUGUUGUUGUACUUUCUGGGUUAAUUGGCCAAGCUGCCACAUGACUCACUAAGAUUGGCGGGGCGGUUAUGGGUUUGAGUAUGGGUUGGUUUUAGGUAGAACAUUUAAAUUUAUCUAUGUUCAUCUUAUUGUGCUUCUUCCGAGCUUCUAUGUAGGUAUAUACAGUACCUAACACGCUGUUAAACCGGCAAAACAUGGAUGAUAGUCAGGCUAACGUUUAGUACUAUUAAACGUAAGAAUAGCAUAGAGAAGAAGUAACAUAUCCGUACGUGUUUUAUACGUAACUUUUCUGUACCGUAUUUUACUAGCUAUGGCUGUAAUCGGCUAUCAGAUUGAUCCAAGCAUUUGUAAUUGGGCCGGUUGUAGACAAGCCCAACUGCUUUGACAAUUAGACGUCUCAGUUGGGCGGAAUAUAUAACUUGGGCCGACUCAUAGGUUAUAAAUAACAUAAGGCUUGAUCCAGGGUAUUUUCAAUUUGAUAAGGUAAUUAAGAGAGGGGAAACUAUUUGGCAAUAUAUGAGAUUGAACAGAUAAAAGAAUGAAUUAUUGAUAAAUCAACCGUGUUUUAGUAGGGUGUGUUUGGACUUUGUAAUAAGUACAAAUUUAAAUUAUUUACUUCUAAAAUAAAUGUAAUUCAAAUUGAUAGUUUGGAUAUUCAUUUGCAAGUUUUUGGUAUUUUCGAUUUUAUGGCAUUUCCAUCAAUUUCGAGCUUUCCGACCACACAUUACAAUAGUCGGAAAAUUACAUAUAGGACUAUAUUUAUUUUUCUUACCAUUUAUUGCCAAAAAAUUAUUUUUGCACAAACAUGUCCAUAAAUUUUGGCUUGCAUAGUGGUACAUGUACUUCUAAAAUUUUACAAACAUGUCAUAUCUAUUGAUGUGAGAAUUUAAAAUCACCUGUUGUUGAUGUGUAUUUUAAAUUCACAAGUUAUAUACUGAAUAUGUAUUUGAAAUUCAUCUCAUAUAUUUUUUACAAAUCCAAUGGCAUAUAUUAUUAGUUAAUCUAAAUUCCAAAUCACCGGAAGUUGAAUUCCAAAUCUCAAAUGCUAGAUCUAAAUUCUACUAUCCAGACGACCGGAAAUCAAAAGGUUUAUAUAUAAUGAAUCAACUUCCAUAAUUAUUUAAUACUAACACUUAAUUUCUAUACAAUUUUAUGCCAAAUCACAUAAUAUUGCUCAUAUUUGAUUGAAUACGAAUGUGGCUAAAAUCAAUCAAAAUCUCAUUCGAUAAUCCGGAGCAAAUCAAAUUCUUAAUAUACAGUAUCUUUUUUCUAGUUUAAAUGUCUGUUUGGUCCCAUGCGAGCUGAAUUAUUAUCCAUAUCUUCAACUGCAAACACAGAAAAAAAUGCUAACUAGAUAAUGUGAAAGUGUGAUUGAACACUUGGCAAUUCUUAUCUAAUCUAAUUUAAGAACCACUGGAUCCAUGGAUAUAUACUGUUUUUUUUUUUUUUUUUUAAGGAUGAGAAUAUUACAAUGUUACAUCCACAAAAACACACGUCUUCAUCAUUAUCAGCCGUUAUAUAUAUAAUUUAUUAAUAAUAAUUGACGGGCUUUUUAUUAUAUGAUGUAGUUCCCAUACGAGCAAAACAAAGCGAUGGAAGAAUCUAAAAAAAAAAAUCUGGGAAAAUACUAGAGGAAAUAGGAAAAAAAAGUGCGUUAUCCAUUAAUAGAGAUUUUGAGAUAUACGUUUCAUGAGUCAUGACCAUGCACGACCCUUCUUUAUUGAAAUGAAAUGCUCCUUCCUUUUUGAUUCCUUGACAGAUAAGAAUGGCGAUUUUGUGUUGAUUCAUGAUAGACAUAUAUAAGAGGAAGGAAGCUGCAAUCGCGGAUUGGAUCAGGAAAUGUGGGCCCAUGUUAUUUAUUGAUCCAGUUAGGCCAAGUUGGGCCUGUCUCUCUUGCCCACAUCAUCAAUCAUUCUCCCAAUUCUUCACCAAUUUGUUGUUUUUAAAUAAUAGAUCCAACACAUGGAGACCUUUUUUUUCGAUAAAAAAAUAAAAUUAUACGUGAAUGUGAAAUGUGUUCGCCAAAUCACAUAUCGAUAGAGUACGAGAAAAUUUAUGGUCUAUAAGGAACAUGAAGAUUUAACUUACAAGACGUGUUUUUGGAGUGAAAUGGAAAAGUUCUUAUAGCUUUUAAGAAUUUCGAGCCACCAUGUUGCAUCCCAAAAGUAAAAUCGUGUAAUGCGUAAGGCCAAAGCCGUCAAUAAAUUCAUAGAAAAAGGUUGGGACGUUAUGUACAGUGUUGGUGAGAAAUCCUUCUAAUUUCAACAAAAAUAGGAUCCAAAAGGGCGCUCUAAAAUUGUAUUCAUCUUCAACUACAACUCGAUCAUGUUAACAGGGACUUAUAAAUGCUAAUAAGAAUGAAUUAGGAUAUGGUCUAUCAGUACCGUGACAUUAGAGUAUUUUUUUACACCGUUAAAAUGAUUAGUUCUUCAUCUAAAAGACUGAGCUAGUGAUACCGAGUAACGUUUACCGUGGAUCUUCAAUCUUGAGAUCUAGUGAUUUUAAUCGUUUAAGUAGCACAUAACAAUAGUAACAUAUUUAUGUCACUCUCAUAAGAAAAGCAAAAAAAAAAAAAAAGUUUAUCGCACCAUAAAUUUCGAAACCGGGUUAACAAUCAUCUAUCAUUAUUCCUACAUGAAAAGAACGAGGGAUUGGUCUACUGGUAUUUACUAAUCAACAUGAAUAUCUCAUAUUUGAAUUCCUAGGUAUACAACAUGUAACAAUAAUAACAAAUUACGUUUCGAAAUCAUAUUAAGAAUCGUCUAUUCUUUUUUCGUUUUCAAAUACCAUUGAUUCUCGUCGCCGUGGAAAAAAGAUCCAUCAUCAGUAAUUGCACCCACAAGAGGAUAACAAUCGAGUUUGAGAUAACAGGAUAGGGUUUGCAACAAAGUUAUGAUAAUCAAAGCGGGUAAAGUCACAAUUACAUUAAAAUAUGUUCAUACACAUUCUUGUUACGUAACCAUAAAAAGGCGAAACAGAGUUAACGGUUUGAAAAUGCAACAAACUAACAACGUCAGUGGGUCAUAUGAAUGGGUCACGUUGCUUGUCUAAUCACAUUUCCUUGUUGUCCAACAUCAUCACGAUCAAGCUCCUCCAAACGUUGUCGUUUUAUGCGAUGCAGAAUGAAAGGAGGGUUUGGGAUAGGGCAGAAGUGGAUCAAAUGGCGACUUUCUGGAUAUAUAUUUGGUUGGCAAAGUCCUCAAGGAGACGCAAACUUUCAAUUUCAUUGACACAUUUGGUUUGCCUUUCUUUAUUUCCCCACAUAAUUCGUUGAUGUCAAUGUCUAGCUAAUUGAGGUUGAAGAUGACUCGUCAUGGAGUUCUGAAACUAAUGAUCGAGGUUAAUCUAACUAUUGAGAUGUUUUGAAUAUGUGUCUGAGUGUCUGGUUUUUGAUGAUUGAUUAGUAGUACGAGGGUUUCGUGUAAGAUUAAUGAUAAACUAGAGUAAAAUAUAAGACACAAGAAUUACAUGCUUUCCUGACUUUUCAUUAGUGACAACUGAUUCCAGUGUUUAUGUAUAAUCAUAAUUCUUCUGUAUAGCUAGGGUUAUACAUAGGCAUGGAAAAAAGAGCCCAAACCCCUUACACGGAUACAACUUCAUAUCUCUUUCAUGUUUUUUUCUUCUCGCUUUGAGUUCGAGUUUUUUCGAUUUAGGUUAAGAGAAUGGCUCUAUAUAAAAUUGUCUUCAAAGUUUUAAGUCCUCUAUAUUUCAUAAUGUUUAGUGGUGGUUAAACACUUAAACUUUACAUAAGAAAAGGGAAUUAGUUUCGUGGUUAAAGUGUCAUCAUCGAUUCAUCAUCGUUAAUUGCCUUCUGGUGACCGAUAAUUGUUAGGGGAUGUGUCGAGGCAUUUUGCUAAAUACAAAUGAAACGUUAAUUUGAUAGAAUAGUGCUACGUACCUUAGCUUUCUUGUGUCCAUAUAUAUCCAUAACUUAAUGUGAUGAUUAAGCCCUAAUUGUUCGUUCAAUGAGACAAAUGAAAAGUCGGUUUCCAAACCUUCUUGGUUGACACGGAACAGCCAAUACAAUAACCCUAAGGCUAAUCCAAUUAUAUAGCUAGGUGCCAAAAGAUAUAUGAAAAAAACCCAAGCAAUAAUUCUGGAUAUUGGGCAAUGCACGAAAAUGAUAUUUUGCUCUUCUAGACCAAGACACGAAUGAACUUAACCAGAAAGUGAUCACUUCGAUUUGUCUUCCGACCAUAAGUAACUUUGAUAAAUCAAUUCCUAUGCAAUUUAGUGAAGGUCAAUUGGAAAAAUCUCCAUUGGACAAUGCAUGUACGUUGCUUCCUAGUUCGAACAAACAAAAGGAAGCUAGAGAGGCCUUAAGCCUGGGGACUAUGUGUACAGGAUCUGUUAUAUACGAAUAACGGAGAUCGACUCGUUAUAUUAUGGAUACGCAAAAAAGCAUUAAUGAUUCUUUCUCUGCAACUUAAUCUAGAAAUAGAAGAUAAUUAUAUCAGUUUAAAAGUAGAGGGAGAAAUUGUCUCCGUUUUCAGAACCGGACCGGAGGCUGAAGAGGAAAAGUUAGUGGUUUAAGGGUUCGCCGGUUAACCGUUACAAAACCGUUGGUGAACCGUUGAUAGAACCGUUAAUGAUAUACAACAUAUAAGACUUGUAUAUUACACUAAUUUAAGAAUGAAAUUAUCACUGACCAUAAACAAGUUCAAAUUCAUAUCAUCACGAAAAUAUCUAAUAAAUCAUUCCAACCAUCUCACAAAAGAAACCACAUUUUUUUAAUUCAAAUUAAAUAUUACGGUUCUAGUUGGUAGUAGACAAUGUAAAAUCGACAAUAAGGUUGAGGAAGCAUAUAUAAAAUUAAUAAUUAUGAUUUGAUGGUCUUAGUUUAUGUUAAAAUAUUUUUUUUUGUUAAAAUAGUGAACCAAUGGAUCAGCUAAACCGUGUCGGUCCAUCUGAUUUUAUGUUGAAUCGUGAAAACCCGUUUGGUCCAUCAAUAACCGUUCAAACAAUGAACCAAACCGCUAUCGUAAUUGGGUUGACGGUUCUACUGACCCGACCGUUGAUCCGGUUCGGUUCUUAUAACAAGGGAAAUUGUAAUGUUUCUUGCUCGGUAUAUAAGAGGUGAUUUACUAUGUGCAAUAUUUUUGUUUGUACCAUGCUCCGUCUACCUUGUCAGAGUAGGGUGGUGCUAAGGGCAGUAAGUCUGGCCCUAGGUACCUACUCAUUCGGCCUGAUCCGACUUUGCUCGUCAGAUUGAGGUCAGUUUAGGGUUGAGUCAUAUUUUGGCACUGUAAGGAUCGAUUUACUUUUUGGUCCUAUGACACAUAACAAUAACUAGUGAUUUGAAAAUUUUCAUAUCAACAUAUUGAUUAUGUAUGUGCAGUUCUAAAACCUCAGGUACUAUAGUGCAAUGCAAAAAUGUAAAAGUACUAAAUCAUAAUUCAUCACCAAAAUUUAUGGACCUAUUUAAAAAAAAUUAAAGUUUAGGUACCAAAUUGCCAGAAAAAAUAAAUUUGUGUAACAAAAUAUAACUUCCAAAAAAUAAGUUUGCUAAUUGAUUUGAUCCAACCCGCUGGAUGCGUCUCACCCGAGAGGGUCAGACUGGGUCAAGGAUGAAAUAAGAGAAGGGCAGGCAUCCCAGUUUUAUAAAACUGACCCUAUAUGAGCCGGAUCAGACAUAGUAUUAGGACGAAUCUAACCAAUUUCAGCCCCUAGUUGGUGCUAUUCGACAAUUCGAUUAUUUUGAUGUUCAUUCCACGUGAAUCAAAUUAGAUUUAAACUAAUAACUGCACUACAAAGUUCUUAUAACAUAGCUUAGCUUCAUCGAAUAAUUCAGGGUGAAAUGAAAUUAGGCUGUUUGGUGGGCUAACAUAGCUAGUUGGCCAGUUGUAACAAUUGAUGGGUUGGUUGUUUUGGAGGUGUCACGUGGUGGAAUGAUGAUCAUGAGAAAACCUAGCCUUAGGCGCUAGCGUAAAGCACACUACAAAGAGUUUCAGUUGCAAAGCUACAAACGGCCCAGUUGGGGAAAGCAGUUGGGACGAGGAAGGAAAAGAUGUGUUUGUUACAAAUUAAGGUACCAAAUUUCAAUUCCCCACAUCAUGAUGAUGAUAAUGUCAACAAUGUCUUUUAAUGUUUCUGUUAAUAAUAUCAGCAAUAUUUCAACGAUCAUCCAUUGGAGAGCACAGUUUGGUCAUUUGGGCAAAGCAGGCUUUGGACCAAGCAAGAAAUCUGUUUUCUUCAACCGUAUGGCAAGAGAACUCGAACUAGUUUUGUACAAAGGUGUGAUGAAACAAAUUCAAUAAGAUAUUAAGAGGUUUAUUACACCGCACAAUUGUCGACUCGAAUAGGAAUAAGAGAUGUAGCAGGCUAGCUGUUUCAUAAAAAUGUAAAAAUGAGGUUUUAUAGUCGUAUUAGAUAUUAUGGACAUGGAGUAUUAGAAACUCAAAGUACAACUUGCGCGCUCCUCUGAUCCCUUUGAUAACAAUCUUGUCGGCUUGGUUUGCUCCACAUGCAUUUUACAGUUUUCUUCCAAUAUACUUGUUUAUCUAAGUGUAUGAGAAUGAGAAUGUGAAAAGACCUUAAUUUUUUUUAUUUUUUAUUUUUGCAAUGGGCAGGAAAUUGUUGCAACAAUUGAUUAAUUUCCAUGGUACUAUGAUGGUUUUAUCUAAUAAGAUCAAAUGGUGUAUGGCAUGAAAAGUAAUAAUUAUCUAUCUGAAGAACAAAGAAGAUCUUAUGUGCAACUAGCUCAUGGAACUUUUUAUUUAAUUGAGAUUCCUUUUGGUUAUGGUGUAACAUCAGAAGUUUGGUAACAAAGUCCCUCCAAAUUAAUUGGGCUUCAUUGAUUGAUUUCUUGAAGCAAUAAUUAAAUCCCCCCCUUAUGGUAGUUAGAUGAUGCUAAAAACAAGAGCAUCAUUAGACUACGGGGAAAUUUUUUCCCCUUUGGAUGUGGUGGAUUAUACUAGUCAUACAUAUAAUUAUAAUCCACACUCCAAGUAAUUAAAAAAAUGGAUUAAGAAUGAACAUAUCUUAUGCUUUAAGAGAAUCGUUUUAUGGCUUAAUGAUUGCAUGCAGACACGGUUUGGAAUUUGGAUUACCUCCCCCAACCAUACUCUAGGUAGUCCAAUGAUUCAUUAAUGAAUGAUCCAGUCUCCAAAAGUAUUGUGUGCUAAGUAAAACAUAUUAAUGUUAGUUUAAUUUUUGUUUUUGUUUUUUUUUUUUUGCAUGACAAGGGAAAUUCGUUAAAGAUAGCAAAUUUCAGCCCUUUUGAAUACUCGAACAAACUCAUUCAUAAGAGCAAUUUAGUCGUGCCCACAAUUCUGUCGGUGACCACCAAAGGAUAACACAAAAAUAGCAGCCUUAGACGCUUGAAUCCAGGACCUCUUGAACCCAAAUCGGCAACUCUUCCAUCUCCACCACCCCCUUGCCCACUUGGUGGUUUCUAGUUUCAUUAACCUGGAUGAGAACGAGCACAAUCGACUAGAGUUUUUUCUUUUUUUCCUGAUUCGAUAAGUAAUUAAUGAAUAUGACCUGAAAUUCGAUAAGUCAGUUAGUGAAUAACUUAUUAUUGGUUAGUUUUGAUACAUUUGUAAAUGUGUGUUAAGUUUAUGGAUUCAAGAACAAUGCAUGUACUGAUCAGUCACAAGAUCAACGACCAAGAAAAACAGAGCAACAGACUGAAGCAUGACAGUAAAAAAAACAAUAGGACAAUUUUAUUUUCACAGACCAGUGAUAGUCACGAGAUCACCCACAUCGUUCCUUUUUACUGUUUUCAUUUGACAUCACGAGUGUAGAGAGCAGAGAAGUGAUUAAAUCAUUAAAGUAUUUCACUGCCAACAGAGCCCUAACGAUUCAUUGGAAAAUUAAACACACUAAUGGCCAAACGCCUCCAUGCAACAUAUGAUCAGUCAGGACUCAGGAGCAGCAGACCAUUUAUACAUAGCCAAAUGUAAUGCUUCAUUGCUUUGGAUUCAGAUUAUAUAUGUUGCUGAUCAGUCAGAAAUUUUGACCCGACUUCCCACUUUCCAUCCCCAGUUUGUUAUUGUUGGUUUAGCAGCAACCAAAGUUAAAAGAACUAUUACGCUUUGUUAUCGUUCCAAUUUUAUCGAAUAUCUUUGAAGAUACGAUACAGUGGUAAAGAACUCUUCUAUGUUACUAAAUAUUUUGUUUAUACUUCGUUGGCAUCCACUCGUUUUGUGCUUGCGGGCGUAGAGUGAGUUUCACGAAUUUGGUGUCUCUAGAGACACUGUAAUGAUGAAGUUAUGAGGGUUUAAUGGUUGAGGUGAGUAACUGAGUAUAGGUAUAGACUGACUUGAUAGAAGUACUGAGUACCUCUAUUAGGCUUUCUUUAAUAGUACAUUGUUGUUAAUAAUGCAGUAAGUUAUUGGUUAGACAUAGUGGUUUUCAUUGACCUUAUCUCCAAAGAAUUUCUAACGAAGUAGAAAAUGCAACAUACAAUAAUUUUACAUGGUAUCCCCAAUUGAUCAUAACUAAUUCAAGGGAGAGGUUGUAGCCUCUCGUCUUAUUCUCUUAUUGAUUGUAUGUUUGGUUAACCGUGGCUGAACUAGCCUUUCAAGGGAUAUCUAUACCCUUCAACGAGACUACCGUGGCAUUACAAGAAACACGAGGGUUCCGUAUGGACUCGAACAAAGGAAACUCCUUAGCCGCAUAUAGCCAACCACGUGAGCAGAAGCAACAUACUGGACUCGACUUCAACCAGAUUGGUCACGGAGUCGAACAGCUCGAUCAAAUGCAAAAAACGAGCAUGGCCAGUACACAGUGGUACUCUCCGUGAUCAGCACAUAAAAAUACGAUGUUUGAUCUUCAACGUUCGAGAUAUGAAAUUACACACGUUUUCGACCAUUAUCGAUAAACCAAAAGAUCAGGAAUGUGAAAACGGAAUGAUUCGUCCGUCCCACAAGCAUAUGAGAAAUGUACAAUUUUUAGAAGUUAAAAAGCAAAAACGAAGUCAUAUUGGAUGAAUUCAUGACAAUCCGCCCCCAACCCGUCCACCGCCAUCUUGCUACCAUACAAUGAGAGACAUUUAAAGAUGGGGAGAAAAAAAAAGUAAUUACCAUGUGGUUUUAAUUAUUUUUUCAUUUAUUUAUGGUAUGGCAGGUCACAUAUAUAUAAUUAUAGCUAUGCAUAGAUGUGGCUUUUGGUAGGCAUACUUGAAAUGAACAAAAUGUACAAAAACUGAAGAGUGUCUGAGUGGGGAUAACGUGAGUGAUGGGAGGGAAGGAGGGAGAGAUAUCAAUCAAACCAAGCCAGCUGAGAAAGAAAAUAAAAGAAAAAGAAUACCCAGAUUCUGUGGUCCGUGACUCCAUCACUCACUCUCUUCUCUACACUGGAUUUUAAUUUCUUCGUAACCCGGCCAAAUGGGCUGGCCGGUUUAUUAUAAUUAAACCCAUAAUUAACAUACAUAUUCUAAUAAUCAUCACUUUUCCAUCAUUCAUUUGUCUACACAAUCGUGAUUGGGUAUGGGACAGUAUUGCCAAUUUUUUUUUUCUCUUUUUGGGUUUAGAUUAUCAACAUGGAGCUUAGAAAACCAAACUCUGGUGAGCAAGAUUCCAUGAACCACCACAAAACUAAAUUUCUCAAACGGUAGAGAUCACGAAAUAAGAAUGAACAUCAUAGAAAAGAAAAAUGAUCAAACUGAUAUUGAGAGGUGGUUAAUGAACAAACUCUAGUUGAAGAACAUGAUCAAACUGAUACUGAGACCACGAAAUAAGAAUGAACAUUAUAAGAAAAA